AUGGAUAGCAUGCGGCAAGCCCAGUCCUCGCUAGUGCCUUACGCCUCAGACUCUUACAUCGCUAGAAUGCUCAGGCUCUCGCACGGCGCCUACGUUCAAUAUAUGACAUCAUUACUGAGUGCCUUUCCAAGUCGCCCGAUCCUCCAAGGUUUUCACCCCGACCGAAGGAUUUUCGCCCACACCCAACAUCCCUCAUCCGCAUCUGACGUCAGCCAGUGGGUCAGGAACCCGCUCCCCACUGGUGACAUAGGUUACCUCGUCGACUACGAGGCGGACGAUACAUUCGGAGAGGUCAUCCCCCAGGACCUCUGGCAUGCCGGGGGGUCAGAAGGAAACGCGAGGCGACUGAUGGAUCAGGGUGUCCUUCAGCCACCUAUAUUUUUCAUUCGCAGGAAUGGCGAAGUUGGGAUAUCCCUUAUCGACGCCAAUGCUGGGGCGACUUCUCAGAUUGUGGGAGAGAACAGCCCCGCGAACCUGGGAGGGAAAACUACGAAGCACCUUUGUUUGAACUGGACUGGCUAUUCAGAGUACAAGAAACAAGUGGAGACGCAAGACACGCACAAACGUCCAAUCACGCUUGGACGAUUGAUCCAUCGCGUCGGUCGACACGUUGAUAGCUAUCUCCAGGUCAUGCACGAGCACUUCGACUCGCAAGAUCCAUUUUGGGCAUCAUAUCUCGGUUAUAGUUGGCGUCAGGGCCCGGAUGCUGGCUGGAAAAAUAGCCUCGUGAUUGUUGGAAUCAUCCACGUCUCGCAAGGAGUCUGGCAACCAGUGCUUCAAGUGCGCGGAUGGUAUCCCAGCAAUGCUUCUCGAUGA